AUGCUUACGGAAAUCGACCAUGGCCUCGACACAAAACACCUGGAGACAACAGCCACCCUGCAGCAUGACGGCUCCUUCAUCCUGAAUACUCCCCAUCCGGGUGCAGCCAAAUUCAUGCCGCCCUCUAUGCCAGUUGCCGGACUUCCGCGUGUGGCAGUGGUUAUGGCAAAGCUGAUCGUAAAAGAGGAGGAUAGGGGUAUCCGGCCAUUCCUGGUUGCCCUAUCUGAUGGGAAAGAGAUGUGCGGAGGGGUUUCAACCAAGCUGAUUCCCCCACUGGGAGGUGGUGAUUCACUAGACCAUGCUAUCACCAGUUUCGUCAAUGUUCACCUUCCCCCUUCCGCACUUCUGGGCGAUAUCAAAACGCCCACAGACCACCAACACUUCUUCUCGGUAAUCAGCCGAGUCCCUAUCGGGACUCUUUCGCUGUCUAUUGGCCUCCUACCGGCACAGAAAGCAAGUACAGUUAUAUAUGCUCAGUACAGCAUGAGGCGAAUGGUCACCGACCCGAGCGGACACAAAGUGCCGAUUAUGUCGUUUCGCACACAACAACUGCCCCUUCUUCGGUCAUUGGCCCAAAUAAAGGUGCUGGAAAAGAUGGCCCCCUGGGUUAUCGAGAGGUUCAGAAAUCCCACAGUCGACGCUAGGGUCAGACAUGGUCUCGCAAUUAUAACGAAAGCCGUGUUCCUCCAACAUGGUCAGCAGUCCUUAGCCCAGUUCGUCGAACGAUGUGGUGCGCAGGGGCUCUUUUCGCAUAACCAGCUCAUCAGCUAUCAGCUUGGGUUGCUAGGUCUGGCUACCGAGCUGCUUCUGGGCAGGUACGCGCUACCCUCUCCGACCAUGCCGACGUGUCUGCUUGCAAAACACGAGCAGGGGCUCAUUGCUGAGGCAAGGGCGCAACUUCAAGCGCUCAAGGGCGGUCACAGAAGCAAAGAAUACAAUGAUUUCAUGCUUCCGCGCUGCAGACCAAUAGUUGAGGCUAUUGGUCACCGUGUGGCAUACGAAGCUGCUUGUGCCGCUGGUGUGCCUGAGUGUAUCCUCGCUGUCUACGAGUCCGAGGUUGUGAACAUGGAUAUUGGCUGGUAUAUUGAAAACGGAGAAGUGACCCGUUUAAGUCUUUGGGAGAAAGAAAAUGCAGCUCUGAACGGGGUUCUUACAUCCGCAGAAGCUAUGAUUCAUGACAUGGCCGCCGGCAUUCGGACCACGGCGCCAAUCGUUUCACAGGAAACAUACGCCGCGUUUGUUGAGUCGUUGCCCAGCUUAACUGGCGAGGCGAGCUAUUCCCUACAUCCGGAAUGUACUAUAGAUUAA